GAUGAUUAUUAUGAUGGUGUGACGUGUGGUGUACCAGGAUGAAAACACUAUAGUCUCAGCAGGCAGUAUGGACGGUACCAUCAAGCUGUGGGACAUGAGGAUGAACUACACGGGCCUCCAUUGCACAAUCCCCCACUUCCAGUGCAAACACAGCUUCCAGUGUCCAGGAAAGCGUGUCCAGGAGAGAGGUUUCUCCUCCCUAGUUGUGGAUUCAGCAGGUACAAGACUGUUUGCCAGUUGUACACACAGUAGUAUCAGUACAGACAGUGCAAUCUACAUGUACAACUGUCACAGCAUGGAAACCCAGCCUGUGGGACACACCUGCUCCAGCUUCUAUGUGAGAUGUGCCCUGAGCCCUUGUGAAGAAUACCUAAUCAGUGGCUCCAGUGAUAAUAGUGCCUACAUUUGGAAGGUCAAUGACCCAGAGGCAUGCCCAUGGAAGUUGACAGGUCACGGUGCAGAAGUGACAGCUGUGGCGUGGUGUCAGGAUGAAUUUACUAAGCUGAUAACAUGUUCUAAUGACGACACCAUGAGAGUCUGGAGACACAAGCCUCUGACAGAUAAAGAACGGGAUCCCAAUGAUGUUGUAGGAGACGUACAGAGAGUUGUCAGGACACCACAGAAGUCUGCAGGCACCUGGAAACCUGAGACAUUUGACAGCGGCGUCAGGACUGUUGGAGUAGGAAGCCCAAGAAUGGCUACAACUGUGUCCAACAAGGUUCCCACUGCCAAUGCUGCCUCUCCUAAACAUGCAGCAGGUGCAUCCCCUAACGCUGAAGCUGUGGCUACAGCAGGCCUGCCAACACCAGAAAAUGAACAAUCAAAUAGAUAGUGACACAGAUGUGCUACAAUUUGUUUACACAUGUACUGAUCGUAACUGCCAAGAAAAGGUAGGUUUUGUCCUCAGCAAUAGUAUUUUGCAUACUGUUA